ACGUCAUGUAUACAAACCAUCACCGACCAUCUUAUACACAGCGCUGAAAGCAUUUAGUUAUGCAAAAAUUAUUAAUAUAGUUAAAAUAUCGAUACUUUUUAGAAAAUAUCGAUAACAAAUUUGAAGCUUCUGAGUUACGAUAUAUCGAUACUCCAACAUCGAUGUGCACAUGCCUAGUUCCCUUACAGGAAAUGAACCGGAGCGGCUGAUGUGAGAACUUAUUCAAUCAAAUUGAGUUAUGUUAAUAUUUAUUCAACAGACGAGAGCGCUUAUCAGAGACAGUUUCGGUUUCUGUGUGUGAGAGAGAGAGAGAGAGAGAGAGAGAGAGAGCGAGAGAGCGCGCGCAAUAAACUUUUUCAUUUAGACUCAUUAAACUAGGGUGGAGAUUUGCGGUGCCUGCGUUACUCACAACACCAUAUUUGCCUGCAUAUAGCUCAAUAUCUCUGAAGGACACUUUCUGUGGUAUUUAUUCUCCUUUGUAAAGAUGGAUGAGUUUGACAUUAUUGAUGCUGCUGAAAUUGAAGAAAUUAAAAGGUCAUUAGCCAAUGAAGAUCUGCCGUCAGCUGUUGACAAGAUUAAGGAUUACUUUGAACAACAAGACCGCGUGGAACUGAACAUUGCUGUAACGGGAGAGUCUGGAUCUGGAAAGUCCACAUUUAUCAAUGCCUUCAGGGGUUUAGGGGAUGAAGAUGAAGGCUCUGCAGAAACUGGUGUUGUAGAGACCACUACAGAGCCUACUGCUUACCCUCAUCCCAAAUUCCUGAAUGUCAAAUUAUGGGAUCUCCCUGGCAUUGGAACCCCAAGAUUCAAAGCUGAUGAAUAUCUCAAACAAGUUCAAUUUGAACGUUAUGAUUUUUUCAUCAUCAUAGCAUCAGAUCGUUUCAGAGAAUGCCACGCCAAUCUGGGAAAAGAGAUAUUAAAUAUGAACAAGAAGUUUUAUUUUGUUCGCUCAAAGAUUGACAGCAACAUUGAGGCUGAAAAAAGGAAGAAGACAUUUAAUGAAGAAGAGACACUGAAGAAAAUCAGAGAGAACUGCAUUAAAGGGCUUGGAGAGAUUGGUCUAAAAUCUCCCACUGUCUUCCUGAUCUCUUGUUUUGAACUCAGUCUUUAUGAUUUCAACCAUUUUGAGGAGACCAUGGAGAGGGAACUUCCCCAGCACAAGAGAGAUGUACUGAUCCUGGCCCUUCCAAACAUCACUCUGGAGAUCAAUGAGAGGAAAAAGAAGGCACUGCAGAGGAACAUAUGGAAGUUGGCUCUGCUCUCUGCCUCAGUUGCCGCUGUGCCGAUACCUGUUUUAAAUGCAGCUGCAUCAAUCAGUGCAGAUGUGGCCAUCUUGGUGGUAGAGCUUAAGAAAUAUUACAAUGCAUUCAGUUUGGACCCAGCUUCCUUACAGAGGCUUUCUGAGAGAUCAGGGAAGUCAGUAAAUCAGCUAAAAGCUGUGAUGAAGUCUCCUCUCAAUCAGGAAAUAACCAAAGAUCUGGUUAUUAGAUUGCUGACAAGUUCAGGUCUUUUUGUUGCAGAAUCAGCAGCAGAAUACUUUCUGGGCUUUAUUCCUGUUGUGGGAUCUCUCAUGUCUGGAUCAGUGUCUUUUGCUACUAUUUACAUCAUACUUCAGCGUUGUCUUAAUGAGCUCGCUGAAGAUGCCCACAAUGUGCUCAUGGAAGCUUUGCAAACAGAAGUCUAACAAUUAAAGCAGUGUGAUGUUCAACUUACAUCAUAAAAUCUUUUUACAAAAAAUACCAUCAUAAAUUGAAUUUAACUUUUUAUUUCUUUUUGUUUCAUUUUUCAUGAUCAGAUGGAAUCCAGUCCUCAAUAAGUAACAGCUAAGGGUAAAACAGGCAAUGAUUAGGGUUUUUUCCAACAGAACAAUGGCUUAACUUUAAUUGGUUAAUUGCCUUAAAACCUGCAUGAUUAUUGUCAUGUUGCAUGUGUAUAUGAAGGAUUUUUCAAUGGCUUUGAAUGUGACAGAACCAAUCAGAUUUUACAACCAUAACUAAAUGUGUAAUUUGUCAUUUAACAUUAUUACAUUAUAUUUAAUGAGAGGCAAUAUAUAUAUAUAUUAUGACUACUUCCUGAUUUUAUUUUUAGGUCUAUCAUUUUGUUUACUAUUAAUGUCAUUUUUUAAUGUCAGAUUUUAUCUUCUUGAUUAAUGAACUGUAAACAAUUUGUGAUCCCAGUUAUAUUAAUGAUAUCCAGUCUUUU